CUUUUACUUGUGAAAAUGGCGGAUCAGAACGAAAGAGCGUUUCAACGUCAGCCCACUAUUUUUUUGAAUCGUAAGAAAGGUGUAGGUCCAAAAAGGCGCAAGCCUAUGCGCUAUCAUCGUGAAGUUGGACUAGGAUUUAAAACACCUCGUGAGACCGAAAAAGCGUUUCAAAAACAACCAACCGUUUUCCUCAACCGCAAAACAGGAGGCAAGAAAAAAGUCUUGAGGCAUUCACGUAAUGUAGGGCUCGGUUUUAAAACUCCCAGAGAGGCUAUUGAAGGAUCUUACAUAGACAAAAAAUGUCCAUUCACUGGAAACGUUUCUAUCCGUGGUCGCAUACUCACCGGAGUAGUUCAAAAAAUGAAGAUGCAAAGAACCAUUGUAAUCCGUAGAGAUUAUUUGCAUUAUAUCAGAAAAUACAAUCGUUUUGAAAAGAGACAUAGGAAUAUGUCUGUACAUUUGUCACCUUGCUUCAGGGAUGUAGAAAUUGGUGACGUAGUUACAAUUGGUGAAUGCAGACCUCUCUCAAAGACAGUAAGAUUCAAUGUAUUGAAGGUGACAAAAGGAAGUAGUUCUAAGAAGAGUUUCAAAAAAUACUGAGUUAUGAUUAAUUCUUUUUAAAAUAAAAAAUAUGAUAAAAA